AUGGAGACCCAUCUUUUCUUCGCCUUCUUUUGUGCCUGGAUUUGUCUCUCAGUUCCCUUGGAGUUCUGUAUUGCAGCUGAUUCCAUAAGGAUGCACCAAUCCAUAAGCAAUGGUGAGACUUUAGUUUCCUCAGGCCAAAGCUUUGAACUAGGCUUCUUCUCUCCUGGAAACUCCAAUAAUUGGUACUUAGGAAUAUGGUACAAGAAUACACCCCAGAUAGUUGUAUGGGUUGCCAACAGAAACAACCCCAUCACAGAUUCUUACCGAGUUUUAACCAUCAUCAACAAUGGCCUUGUUCUUCUCAACCGGACAAAGAGUGUAAUCUGGUCUCCCAAUUUAUCAAGGGUACCAGAAAAUCCAGUUGCACAGCUCCUGGAGACUGGAAAUCUUGUUCUUAGGGACAACAGUAAUGAGAGUUCUAAAAGCUAUAUAUGGCAAAGCUUUGAUCAUCCAUCAGACACACUGUUGCCAGGCAUGAAGAUGGGAAGGAACUUAAAGACUGGUGUACAACGAAAUUUGACAUCAUGGAGAAGUGCUGAUGAUCCAUCCCUUGGAGACUUCUCUCUCAGAAUCGAUAUUAGUGUGCUGCCUUAUUUUGUUCUUGGUACGGGAUCGAGCAAAAAAGUCCGAUCUGGGCCAUGGAAUGGAAUUGAAUUCAAUGGUCUUCCUGCGUUGAAAAACGGGGUUUUCAAAUCAGUUUUUGUUUACAAAGAGGAUGAGGUUUCGUCCAGCGUCUUCUAUUGA